AUGUCUGACUCCGAGCUCUCCAGCGCCGCCAACAUCCCUGCCGACAGCGAGAUCGAACGAUGCCUGGAACGCGUCACCAGAGCGUUCGUCAAAGACGAGACGCAAGAGUUGACCAUUAAUUUGGUGCGUUCGCGUGCAGAGGAAGAGUUGGGACUCGACAAAGGGUUCUUGAAAAACACUUCAGAGUGGAAGGACCGGAGUAAGAAGCUCAUUCAAGACACUGCCGACGAGGAGGAGAAUGCGGACGAAGAAGAGGAGCCUCCGAAACCCGCACCAAAGCCAAAGGCCAAACCGAAGGCAAAGCCUGCGGCGAAGGCUGGGAAGAAGCGAAAGUCUGACGAGGAAGAGAACAGCACCAAGAAGCGGCAGAAGAAAGCGACCAAAGUCGAGUCUGAAGACGACAUAUCCGAGCCCGAACUCGACAACGAUGACGAGGAGUCUGAUGUGAAGCCAGCGAAGAAGCAAACGAAGAGGACUGCGAGGAAGCCUGCGAAGCGAGGGUCAACCGCCAAGGUUGAGAGCGAUGACGAAGAUGAGGAGCAGAAGCCAUCAGUAGAUAAGGACGAGGAGGAGGAUGAUGAUGAACCACAAGAGAGCAAGUCUAGACAUACCGCACCCAAGGAUGAGAGUGAGCUCUCUGAUGUCCCCGACAAGCUUGAAGAGGACGCACCUAAAGCCAAUGGCAAAUCUGCGCCGGCAGACGACGACGAGAGCGAUAUGUCUUCGUUGAUCGAUGACCCACCACCAAAGAAGAAGCGCCAAAAGAAGACUACAUCAUCUGAGACCAAGUCCAAAGCUACUGCCAAAGGAUCAAAGGCAACCAAAUCGAAGUCAUCGGGCAAGGAGACCUCGCCAGACGAAGAAGAGAUCAAGAGACUUCAAGGCUGGCUCGUCAAAUGCGGUAUCCGCAAGCGGUGGCACCUCGAGCUCGCAAAGUGUUCGACGCCAAAAGAGAAGAUCAAGCAUCUGAAGGGCAUGCUCGACGACGCCGGCAUGAGUGGGCGGUACAGCAACGAGAAGGCAAAGCAAAUCAAGGAAACUCGAGAGCUGGCAGAAGAAAUCGAAGCGGCUCAGGAGUUCAACGAGCGUUGGGGUCAGAGCGAAGGCGAUGACGAUGACGAAGAAGACGACAAAAAGAGCGGAGCCGAUGGCGAACAGGAAGCCGAAGAGAACAAGGCUGAUGGUCCGCCAAAGCGUAGGCUGCCCAAGGGCUUCGUCGACUUUGGCGACAGCGGCGAUGACGGCAGCGAUUGA